CAGCUGAUCGUAGUAAACAAAGCAGAGAGUAGUGUGUAGAGUUUCAUUGACGUUUUACUUUUGCGCUUUGCAAAAAAUGGGCUCAAAUCCGAUCGUGCAGUACGUGGUGGUGCGAGGGGACCUUUUGUCCCAACUCAAGUGGCCCGUGGGGGCCGUGCUGGCGCAGGCAUGUCACGCGUGCACCGCGGUCACGCACCUUUUCUACGAGGACGAGCACAUGAAGGAGUACCUCGCGGAUCUCGACUCGAUGCGGAAAAUCGUUCUUGAGGCUCCGAGUGAAGAUUCGCUGAAAAAUCUUGCAGCUUCUUUGACAGAGGCAAAUGUUCCGCACAAACUUUGGAUCGAGCAGCCUGAAAACUUCCCAACUUGUCUUGCCACAAAACCAUCUCCGAAGCUAAAUGUCCAAGAGUAUUUUAAGAAAUUUAAAUUGUUUAAAGGCACUGGUUAAUUAAUUAAUUCUUCAUUGUUCUCGUAAAAUUAUUGAAUAAAUAAAUAAAAUUGCUAAUGCAUUUAAAUUUUAAAUAUAUUUGAUGUAUAAUUUCAG